GGAAGCCCAGACUCCAGCUCUGCUCACAGGCUGAUGGCAAACACAAAGCAGAGCCCCGAUAUCUCCAGCACCUCCCCAGGGUGAAGCACACCCCAAAAGGCUGCUUGUGUCCCCUCGGGGGGGAUCACAACCCACAGGUUUUGGGGCAGGCCCUGCUCCCAACGAGCUGCACCUGGACCCUGCUGCCACCCCCUGCCUUAAAGCUGGGGCCGGGAGCCUGUGGUAGGGGCUUGUGCCCAUGGAUGGCGUCUCGCCGCUGGAGAGGUACCUGGAGCACUGCAGCGGGCAGGAUGACCUCUCAGCUAGUCCUCAGCUGUUUCCUCCCAUGAGCCCUUAUGAAGUGGACCUUCCAAUUCAAACUGAAGAUGGAUUGUUUGGUUCUCAAUUUAAUCAGCCCAAGGAGCUUCCUGCGGACUUCUCCUCAGUGGACCUCAGCUUUCUUCCAGAUAUUACUCAAGAUAAAGAACAAAACCUAUCUGAAGAUGGCCAUGGAAUGCAAGAGAAGCUUGAUGGGUCAGUAUCAAGAAAUGAGGACAGUAGUACCUUCGUGAAUGAAAGCAGCUUAUCAUGCCCAGAUGCAACUCAGCCAUCCCCUGAAGAGUCCGGUGUGUGUCCCCCUCUGACGCCAAUGACUCCUAUGACCCCAGUGACACCUGCUUCUGCUUCAGAAAGCUCUGGCAUAGUUCCUCAGUUACAGAAUAUAGUGUCAACUGUGAACUUGGCUUGCAAACUAGAUCUGAAGAACAUAGCUCUGCAUGCCAGAAAUGCAGAGUAUAACCCAAAGAGAUUUGCUGCGGUGAUCAUGAGAAUCAGGGACCCACGAACAACAGCCCUUAUCUUCAGCUCAGGAAAAAUGGUCUGCACAGGAGCAAAAAGUGAAGAGCAGUCACGGCUCGCAGCGAGGAAGUACGCGCGUGUGGUGCAGAAGCUGGGGUUCCCUGCCAAGUUCCUGGACUUCAAGAUCCAGAACAUGGUUGGGAGCUGUGAUGUGAGGUUCCCCAUCCGGCUGGAGGGGUUGGUUCUCACUCACCAGCAGUUCAGCAGCUAUGAACCUGAACUAUUUCCUGGCCUUAUUUAUAGGAUGGUCAAACCAAGGAUAGUGUUGCUUAUCUUUGUGUCUGGAAAAGUUGUACUGACUGGGGCAAAAGAGCGUUCUGAAAUCUAUGAGGCAUUUGAGAACAUCUAUCCCAUUCUAAAAGGUUUCAAGAAAGCAUCAUAACGUGGCCCGUAAAGAAACUAACAAUUUACCAGUUUGUAAUACAAGGCAUGGAACAGAAGCCAAGGGUAUUCCUGGACCCACUUGUACAGUUGUGGAUUAUUAAGCAAAUGACAUAUGACUGCUAAAAGUGCUGAUGCUUUGCUACAGUUUGUGAAAAGUUUUUUCAUGAAGAUUUGCUGUCUGUAAUCCACUUGAGUUCUGACAACUUGUGUCAAGCUGAGAAAUUUGCCAAACAAAUGUACUUUUAAUAUAAAGCAUAUUAAGGUUGCGCUUAUUUUGUAACGGAGGCCUUGUGCCUCAUCCCUGUUAAACAGAUGAAUCAACAAUGUACUUCAAACUAGCUUCAUCAAAAUUCUCAGCUUUAAGUACUGAAGGUUAGCUCCUGUAAUGAAGUACUUUCAUGUUCAAACUCAAAAUAUAUUUUUGUCUACAACACAGCUUACAAAAUCCAGUAUGACUUGACUCCAAUGUUUUGAAGACAGACAAUGAAUGCAGAGGACAUCUACUGACUCCCUCUAAUCCCACAGGUUGGAUAAACAAUUAUAUAAUGGUGCUGAUACUCUUUAUAGAGAAGAUAUUCAAGGACCCUGACAGUGUUGGAACGUACCUGGAAAGGAGAACUGGGGUGGGGGAGAAUGAAGCAAAUUCUGCAAUUUGUCUUACAUGGGUUAAAAAGUGGUACCCACUUGCAUUACUGAAAUCCUCUCAGAUGAUGGGAGGCUUGCUUGGCCUGAAAAGCAAACCUGUUAAUUAGGAACUACCUUUAAAGUGGACUUGAAGAAAAUAUAGAGUCUUGGAUGUUCAAGGCUUAAUUAUCUAGGUUAUUUAAUCAGAGCUCAGGCAAUGGCACUACAUGAAAGCAUUUGGUAAUUUAAUUUUGUCUCUCAUCUACAAGGGAACUCAAGGCUUCCUUUGCUGAAGCUGUCAUGCUCAGGUGGGUAACGUGACAAGGAAGAGUGUAAAGAUGAUCCCUUGACUGUUCUGGUACCUCCUAUGAUUCCAAAGAAGCAAAGUUUUUUAUUCCAGAACAGGGCUGCUGGUGUUUGUGUUGUUUCCUCCCCUUGUUUUCUACCAAAGGUGGGAUAGAUCUGUCAGGAAGCUCCCUGAGCCACUAGAGGUUGCUAUUUGAUGACUUAAGCAUAACCCAUGCUAAAGGCUGCCUGCCCUUCCGAUAAAUACCCACAUUAUAGGCAACAGCUUAACACAGGACAGGGCGUCAUGGGCUUAGUUUUGCUGUCACCAGUUCACUUCUGAUUUGGUGCGGAUGUGACCUCAACUUGUCUGUGAUGUCUCACAUGUGCUUUCAUAACUGUCCCUUUGCUCCCCUGGAAAGAAAGCUUGAAAAACUUCAUGCACUUCCUUGUGAUAAACCGGUCUUAACUAUGUUAUCAGCUUCUUUGUCACAAUCAAACUGUGUAUUUCCAAACUCAAAUCUAUUCUAAACAGAGGCUUACUUUUCUGUUUGUUUUCUAACCCUGCAGACUUUCCACAGCUAUGGGCUGAACUUUUAUUUGCACUGUAGCUGUAAAAGCUGAUAAGCUUGAGUUACCAGAAUCCUUGCAAGUGAAAAGCAACAACCUGUUCUUAUUGGGGUGUUGGGAGAAAGCUUAUCUAAGAUGAGCCUCCUUCAAGGAACAAAUCUGCUUUUUCAUUAAGAGCUAGCUGAAUAAUUUCACCAGAGAAGUCAAUGCUCUUUAAAAGUGUGGAUAAAGCUUUAAAGAUAAGAAAUGGUCUCUGUGCUUUUUCAGAGCUACUGAUAACUCUGUUUGCUAUGGUAACUUGUCUUAAAAACAAGUAUCUGGGUUCUUUCUGUGCAGUGCUGCUCAUGCUAGUAUUUUGUAGUACUUGAAUACAAAAAGAAGGGGAAAAAUAAAGGCUGGCUUUCUUACUUUUUACAAAGAA